UUUUGUUCAUACGCUCGCGAACAGUAAAACUCUACGCAACAAUGACGAAUGAAAGAAAUACGCAAUAAAUCUUAACCAAUGCCAAUGUGUGUGUGAAGUGUCAAAUUAAAGCAAAUACAAAUUUAUGAAAAACCACUGAAAAUAUGAUACAUUCGACCAAUAGCAAGAAAUUGCAAGUGCAUCAAUAAUCAAACGCAAAAUAUAUAAAUUUUUUCAUUGUGCGUCGCGCGAUGUCGAAAAAGACAAGAACAACAAAGUCGUCGUAUAGAUUUUGCAAAAUGAAAUACUUCGUUCGCUGUUGCGCGUUAAUUUUGCUAUUGAGCAGCGUGAUUGCAUCAGCCGCAACACAAACGGCAGGUGCAAAUGCCGACUCAGCAGAAGUUGUAAGCAGUGCCGAAGAAAAGACGGAUUGUACAGACCUUGCCCGCGAUGAGGAGGCGUUGAUGGUAUUCUCCACGCUGGGUGGCGGGCUAACGGCAAUCGAUCCAAUAACAAGCGAAAUACGCUGGACAAUAGCAGAUGAUCCACCCAUUGUAGCGGAACCGCAGCAAAAUGUGCAGGUUCCACAUUAUCUGCCUGACCCUAGAGACGGCAGCAUUUAUCAGCUCGGUCAAAUGGGCAGCCUUAAGAAGCUGCCCUAUACAAUACCUCAGUUGGUGGCCAAUGCGCCGUGUCGCUCUUCCGAUGGCAUCUUGUACUCGGGCAAGAAGAGUGACACCUGGUAUAUGGUCGAUCCAAAGACGGGCAGACGUGAGAAGGUCAUGGGCUUCGGUGAUGCCCAAAUGGAGGGCAAAGACAGUGAGCAUAUUGGCUGGGCCACAUCGCGUGCUAUCUAUCUGGGACGCACACAGUAUACGGUCAUGAUGUACGACAGUCAAGCUAAGGAUAAGAAUGCCAAGCCCUGGAACAUUACCUUCUAUGAUUACAAUGCGCUCAGUGCGCCGCCAGAGCUAGCCAAGGAAUAUGAGUACAUUCACUUGACCACCACCAGCAAUGGCCAGAUUGUUACCCUAGAUCGCAAGCAGGGCAAAUUUUUAUGGCAACGCGAUCUCAACAGUCCUGUGGUGGCCGCCUUUUUGCUGGGUCCGGAUGGGCUGCUCAGCGUGCCCUUUACCACAGUCUCCGAUGAGGCUUACGAGGCCAUACUAGAGGAGUCCAAGACGGGCAAUGUGAAUACUGUAAAACUAUUUCAAUCUUUGUAUGUGGGCGAACAUCAACGUGGUCUCUAUGCUCUUCCCUCGCUGGUGGAUAAGAAUACGCCACGCAUAUCUACAACGCCGCCUAUCAAACUGCUCGAUGGACCCGUCGCGGAGUUAAACAAUAAACAGGAUAACGAUCCACGUACCGUUUACAUCAAUGAUGUGCUACAGGAAAAUCCGGGCAUUAUGCUGGGGCAUUACAACAUGCCCAAUGAGGUCAACAAGGGCAAUUUGCAUUUAUCUCCAACACCCUCGGCGAACAAGGAUGUGCUCAGUUUGGCUACAAUACACAACUAUAAUGAUGGCUAUGGACUUUUGGCAAAUAAUGAAAAGAAUGCUGCCGAUAUAGGCGUGCAAACGGAACCGGAGAUGGUGGAGAUUACCAUUGACCCGACACGCUCAAAUACAAUCAAUCGCACCAAGACCAUAAUUAUGGCCAACAGCAAUAAGGUGCAGGCAUUUAUUAACGAAUGGUUCAUGGACCAUCCCAGUGGCAAGGUGCAUCAAAUACUGAUUGUUAUUGUCCUGGGCAUGGUGGCUCUUUUCUGGUACACGUGCAGCACCAUGCGGGAGCUGCAGAAGCAGAGCGAGAAUGGCUCCAAGACAAUGGCCCAGCAGGCCGCGGGUGGCACUAACAAUGGCAGCACGGGCAGCAAUGGCAGCAACAUUAGUGCUCAGGAUCUGCUUGAUCUUGGCAAUGGGAAUGUGCGCGUUGGAAAGAUUAGUUUCAAUUCCAACGAAGUCCUGGGCAAGGGCUGCGAAGGCACCUUUGUUUUUAAGGGUAACUUUGAGGAGCGUUUUGUGGCAGUGAAGCGAUUGCUGCCAGAGUGCUUUACCUUUGCCGAUCGCGAAGUGGCUUUGCUACGCGAAUCUGAUGCGCAUGAGAAUGUGGUGCGUUACUUUUGCACCGAACAGGAUCGUCAGUUUCGCUAUAUAGCCGUGGAACUAUGCGCCGCCACGCUUCAGGACUACACCGAGGGCGAACGUUCAAUGGAGCUGCGUCAGUAUAUAGAUAUGUGGCAAGUGCUGGUCCAGGCAGCCGCUGGGCUCAGUCAUCUGCAUUCAUUGGAUAUUGUUCAUCGCGAUAUAAAGCCGCAAAAUGUGCUGCUGUCGUUGCCCGAUCCUAAGGGCAAGGUGCGCGUUAUGAUUUCGGACUUUGGCCUGUGCAAAAAACUCAAUUUUGGACGCACCAGUUUCUCGCGGCGCUCGGGCGUUACGGGCACCGAUGGCUGGAUUGCGCCCGAGAUGAUGCGCGCUCAGCGAACCACCACAGCUGUGGACAUUUUUUCGUUGGGCUGUGUCUACUACUAUGUGCUGAGUGGUGGCUAUCAUGCCUUUGGCGACAAUCUCAAGCGUCAGGCAAAUAUACUCACGCAUGAAUACAAUCUGUCCAAGCUGCGAGCUGAAGAUGGCCGUGAGGACAGCAGAAUUGUACUGGCGGAGCAGCUCAUAUCCGAUAUGAUACAUAAAGAUCCCCAGUCACGUCCGCCGGCGCGCUGCAUUGGUAACCAUCCUCUCUUCUGGGAUGAGCCGAAAAUGCUCAGCUUUCUGCAGGAUGUCAGCGACCGGGUGGAGAAGUUGCAGUUUCAUGCCGAGCCACUCAAAUCGCUGGAGAAGAAUGGACGCAUAGUAGUUCUCGACGAUUGGAACAUGCAUUUGGAUGCAUUGAUUACGGAUGAUUUGAGAAAAUAUCGCGGAUAUAUGGGCGCUAGUGUGCGGGAUUUGUUGCGCGCACUGCGCAAUAAGAAACAUCACUAUCACGAGCUGACGCCCGAGGCACAGGAGCUGCUCGGUUGCAUACCGCACGAGUUUACCAAUUAUUGGGUGGAACGCUUUCCGCAGCUCAUCUCGCAUGCAUAUCAUGCAUUCAGUAUUUGCUCCAAUGAGCCCAUCUUUAAGCCGUACUACAGCACCGGCUAUCACUUUUCGCGUCCCUGGUACUUUGAUGCGGACGAUGCAAUGUUUCCCAUGCUAAUGCGCGAUCCCAAGCCGCUACCCAAGAUGGGCAGUCCCAAGAAGACUCCACCAGCGCCGCAAUCAUUUCUGGCGCAGCAGCAGCAGCUAAAGCAGCGCAAGGGAGCCUACAACUUUCGCAAACAGCUCAACGAGGAGCUUAUGCCCGGCGUGGGAUUGCAGCGUAAUAUGGAGAUGGAUGAUGCAGAAAUUGGCAAACGCGAUGUCUUUGCCAAUUUCAAAUUUCGACGUUCCAAGCCAAGUAACAGGAAUUUCGCCGGGGGCGGUAAGGAGCAGGAGAAGGAGAAAUUCGUCAGUUGGACAAUGCCGUCGACUACGACGGACUAGAAGUAAAACUAAACUAAACUUGACUAGUUGUUAAUCCUUUAUUAUAUUUAAAAUUAUUAUUUUUCUUAUAAUUAGCAAUAAUUAUUAUAAUUUUAUUUGUGCAAUUUAUCUAUGCAACUAUUCCAAAACAAUUCCCCAAUUUUAUUUAAAUCUUUUUAGCUAAAUCUACCAAACCCGUACUGAUCACAACAUUUAUGCAAAUGAUAAAAGUUUAAAAUAUUUUUAUAUAUAUGUAAAUAUAUAUAAACUCGUAGGCAAGUGUAACGAUAUGAAAAGUGUGUCUUAUCGAAUGCACGCAAUUUAACUGUGAUAAUUUAUUGUAAUUCUGUUUAAUGCCCAAGUGCAAAUUUAUAUAGAAAAUAGUGCAAGUUUUAUAUACCUAUAUAAAUGUAUAAUUAUGCAUAAGUUAAGAGACCCAAAAAAACCAGGAAUAGAAAACGAGAGUGGGAGAGCUUUCUCUGAACCGUAUCCUAAAGCUAAGUUAUUCUUAUUGAUUCAAAUAAUAAUGCACUUAGUAUUAAGCAUUUCGCAAUAGAAACCAAAAACCUUUUUUUGA